CUUGCUGCUUUCGGUAUGACCAGCAAUGGAACAUUCAAAAAGGUGGUUGCUCUUCCACAUGUCUUGAUGGGACCUCUCUCGAACAGCAACCCAAACUGCGGCAAGACGACCACUAUCAAGUGUUCAGCAAAUGGCAAGUCAAUGACAGCGACUAUUGUCGAUAAGUGUAUGAGGUACGAGAAUUAG